AUGUCUGCUGAAGCCCCAGCUGUUUCCAGCGAUUAUAUCAGGCUUCACAUUAGCCCUCUCGAUCCCGAGCUUCUCAAGAUCGUCCUGCCAGCGUCUGCAGCUCCCAAGGCGCGCAACAUCUCAUAUCACUCGAUCGAGACUUUUCCCGAGCGACGCUACGGCUACGUUGAACUGCCUACCAUGGAGGCCGAUAAACUAAAAAAGAAGCUUCACGGCGCAACCCUGAAAGGCAACAAGCUACGGGUCGAAAAGGCUAGGCCAGAGGAGCGACCUGAACCUACCGGCGAGCUCGAUAAGCAGGAUGAGGAGAUUGAGAAAAAAAAGAAGAAGAAGUCAAAGGAGUCUAAGGAGGAGUCCAGGAAACGAAAGCAUGAUCCCUCAGUUGUCGAGGGCGUGGUCCUGACAGACCGUAAGGUCAAGAGAGGCUGGACAGAGCCCGCCGACCAACGGAGAAAGAAGAGCAAGCAGGACAAGGAAAGGGAAAAGGACGGCAAAUACACCGAGAAGAAGAAACGUCUAAAGUCAAAGUACACAGAAGGAGACGAGUGCCUGCUCAAGACAAAGGUCCCUCCUAAUGCUGUCGCAAAUCUGCCUGAGGACGAUCAACCACGAAAGCGCAAGAAGAGGGGCAAGGCGCGCGAGAUCAUUGUUCACGAAUUCGAAAAGACAACAAAGUUCCCGAGCUUCCUGAAGAACUCGGCGGAUGACAGCGAGGCCAACGUAGCGACUGAGUUCGUCGAGGGCAAAGGCUGGGUAGACGAGAAUGGGACCGUGGUCGAGAGUGUCAAGGAAAAGAAGAAACCCGAACCUGCGCCCCAGAAAAAGAAGGCCAAGAAGGUGACUCCUCCUCCAGUCGAGGAUUCGGACGAUGAUACCAGCAGCAGUGGAACUAGCAGCGACGGCUCAUCAGAUGAAGAAAGUGAGGAUGAGAUGGAGGUCGAUGCUGCAGUUGAAGCUGAAAAGAAAGGAAAGACGACAGAAGACAGUCCUCAGAAAGACGACGAGUCUAACUCUGAGUCUGACUCCGAAUCUCCCGAACUCCGACAAGAAACACCUCUCUCAGCUAUCAAAGCAGAUGAUUCCUCGAGACCCAUGUCCUCCAGCUCGUCCCGCAGCCUUACCAUCAAGAUACCCCCUCCCCUGACCCCCUCUUCUACCAAAGUCCAUCCUCUAGAGGCCCUCUACAAGCGCUCCAAGCCCGAUGAAACCGUCACAGAAGCCCCUGCCAAGACGGACGCGGAACCUUUCAGCUUCUUCGGCGGCGGAGACGACGACGACGACGACAUCGAGGAGGAAGAGGACCAAGACCCCGCCAACCACAUCAUCGCAACUCCUGCCCCCAUGACACCCUUCUCUCGUCAGGACUUCGAGUGGCGCAACGUUAGAAGCGCCGCGCCCACGCCUGAUACAGCGCACCCCUCACGCAUGCGCAAUUUCUGGCCCGAGGAUGAGGAAGACGGUGAAGAAGAUGCUGACACGGCGGAGCAUGGGUACGACGAGGAGGGAGAGAACAAGGACGCAUCUGGUCCGCAGAGCUCGAGUGACUUCCAGGCUUGGUUCUGGGACAACAGACGCGAUCUCAAUAGGUCGUGGAUGAAGCGUCGUAAGACGGCUGCCAAGGAGAAGAGACAUAGGGAGAACAAGGCUAGAGCUAGCAAGGCGGUAUAG